AUGGGAAUCAGUUGUGCUAACGCGAGAUCUGUACGGACCCCGACACGUAUGUACGCCGACAUAAUCAAAACUCUACCAGAAAGUGAAAUGUCAUUACCAGUCGUACAAAUUUCAUCCAUAAGUGAAAAAUUUAUGUCCGGUGAAUCAAUGGCUGAUGAAACGAAAUAUUUAUCAACACCAAUUUUUACAUCGGAUGAUUUAUUAUCUGAUAAACCACAACAAUUUUGUGAAGAUUUAUAUAAAAAAUUAAAAAAUUUACAUUCUGAAUUAUUAUUAUUAGAAGAUAAAGAGAAUGAUGAUAUUGAACAAGAACAACAAUUAUUAGAUCAAUUUCCAUUAUUUAUUCUU